AUGGCCAAUCUUGCUCUUCAAAAAGAACAUCUCGAUAAGGCUAAACAGUUGUUCAUAGCUGUUGCUCAAAGAAUAAUGGCAGCUGGAGCUCAAGAAGAUGAUUUUCGUAUAGUACACAUAAGUGCAAAACUAGCAAGGGUAUCUCAUUUGAAAAAAGAAUACUCAACUGCUCAGUUAGGAUAUGAGUGGUGUUUAGAAAAGCUGGAAAAAGCAUUUGAAGAAAAUCCAAGUGAUGACAACAAAAAGCUUUUAGCCUUAACAGAAGAUUGGUAUGGUCGUCUAUUUAUAGAUUGCAAUAGAUGUGAAGACGGCCUCAAGUUCAUGAUAAAUUCAUUAAAUAGAGUUAGGGAGAUUCCUGAAGUAGAGAAAGAACAUUUGGUAACUCAAUUAAAUGACAUCGGUACAGUAUGUGAUCGUCUUGGUAAAACAGAGGAAAGUAUUGAAUACUUCAAAGAAGCUAUUGAAAUGGCGAAAGAUUUAGAUAUGGAGGAUUUGGGCACAAUGUAUGUUAAUUUAGGAAGGGUUUAUAUGAAAAAGAAACUGCUGGACACAGCAAGAAAAUAUUGUGGGCAUGCAUGGAAACUAGCCAUUACAUCAAAAAACAAGGAAAUCAAAGAGGAAGCUGAAUUGUGUCUAAAAGAAAUAAAAAAUAGCAGUUAG